AUGCUCUUCAGCAUCUUGCUCAUCCUGCACGCCAUUUAUGGCGGCGUGGUCCACACCAUGCAACAUUACCCGGCUGCCUGGGGACAUUACGACGUGUGCAAGUCCCAGAUCUACACAGAAGAGGGUCUGGCGUGGGACUAUAUGGCCUGUCAGCCCGAAGCCACCGACAUGACAAAGUAUCUGCGGGUGGCCCUUGACCCGCCCAACAUCACAUGUGGGGAUCCGCCAGAAACCUACUGUGCUCUGGAGAACCCUUAUAUGUGCAACAAUGAGUGUGAUGCAAGCACUGAGGAGUUGGCUCAUCCACCCGAACUGAUGUUUGACUUUGAGGGACGCAACCCUACCACCUUCUGGCAGUCCACCUCGUGGAAGAAGUACCCAAAGCCACUACAGGUCAACAUCACGCUGUCGUGGAACAAGACCAUCGAACUAACUGACGACAUUGUCCUCACUUUUGAGUCGGGUCGACCUGAGCAGAUGGUCCUGGAGAAGUCGUUGGACUAUGGUCGGACAUGGACACCCUACCAGUUCUACGCUACCGACUGUUUGGACGGCUUCACCAUGGAACCAAAGACAGUUGGCGACCUUACCCAGCGCACCUUGUUGGACAUCAUCUGCACCGAGGACUACUCACGAGGUUACGUGUGGAAGAAUGAUAAGACGGUGCGCUUCGAGAUCAAGGACCGCUUUGCACUAUUUGCUGGGCCACGCCUACACAACAUGGCCUCCUUGUAUGGCCAGCUGGAUACCACCAAGAACCUGAGGGACUUCUUCACCAUCACUGACCUAAGGAUUAGGCUGCUGAAGCCGGCGACUGGAGCCACCAUGGUAGACGAGAACAACUUGUCCAGAUACUUCUACGCCAUCUCCGAUAUCAAAGUGCAAGGAAGGUGCAAGUGCAACCUGCACGCCAACAGCUGCGUGUUCGACAAGGGGAAGCUGGGCUGCGAGUGUGAACACAACACCACGGGACCUGACUGCAGCCGCUGUAAGAGGCACUACCACGGCCGAGCCUGGAGCGUGGGCUCCUACCUCCCGAUACCCAAAGGAACUGCAAAUAUAUGUAUACCCAGCAGUCACGGACCUGCGCAUCGAGCAAAUGCGUCAUCUCUUGGCGUCGCAAAUCGUAACCAAGCCCGGGUGUGCGACAACGCAAUGCUGCGCUGCCAGAACGGCGGCACAUGCCACCACCACCAGCGCUGCCACUGCUCCCCGGGCUUCACCGGCAUCCUGUGUGAGAGGGCCCGCUGCCAAGGCCCUGGCGAGUGUGACGUGCAACUGUCGGGAAGGGCCAGCCACCACUAUGCCGCUAGCCAUCUUGCUAUCGCCUCGCUGUUACUAAUUGUUUCUCUAUGCUGA